AUGGCGAACGUGCCGGGUGUCUAUGAUCCGGCUGGAGCGCUCUCGGUUCCCUGGUUCAACAUCAAUUUGGAUGAGGAUCCGAGAACGAGAUGGGCACUCGUUGCACAAUCAAAGAGACAAGAGCUCCUCGACACCCUGGCCACAGUGCACGAUUUCAUCGCGACUCUUUUAGGGGAUUUCGGCGGUCUAAUUUGGGACAUGCUGUUGGAUAUGAUGGAGGACGCCGUUUUGCAUCUUCCUGAACCGUACAAAUCCGAGAUUUUGGGUUUCGCCGAAGCUGCGAAUAUCACCCCACAACAAGUGACACUGUUGAAUCUUUUCUAUGAGAUUUCCAAGGGUUGCACAUCGAUUGUGGCCGAGGAUCCAAACGGGAAAAUUUUCCAUGCUAGGAAUCAAGAUUUCGGUACUUUCUUUAUCUGGAACACGACACUCGAGACUUGGCAACAAACGAUCGCAUUGAAGAAAAUUCUCAUCAACGUCAAUUACAUGAAAGGCGGUCAAGUUUUCUACAAAGGAGUCACUUUUGCCGGACACAUGGGAGUGCUGACGGGCUUGAAACCCCAUGCGUUCACGUUGUCGACGAACUCGCGCGCUGGUUCCGAUUGGAGUCUCCUUAUGGAUUGGUUUGCUGGACAAGAGAACGGUCGUCGCGAGUUGAUCUGGGCCGAUCGAGAUGUUUUGGAGAAAGCGAACAGCUAUUCGGAGGCAAUCGAGUACCUCUCAACGACUCCGCUCUUUGCCGGCGGGUAUUUCAUUGUCGGUGGAACGAAAAGUGGAGAAGGAGCUGUCAUCACAAGAAAUGCUAAUGGAACCGAUCACAUUGAGAAAAUUGACACCACAAAGCCGAACGGAUGGUACGUAUUGGAGACGAACUACGAUUGGGAUAAACCCGAAUUCUAUUUGGAUGCUCGAAUCGGGCCCGGGAAUGAUUGCAUGCAGAGGAUGACGAGAGCAAAUGUUGGAUUGGAGGGACUUUAUCAGGUGUUGAGCAGCAAGCCGAAUCUGAAUAAAGCCACCGUUUACACGUGUGUCAUGCAGGUUGACGACAUCGUCAUGCAAUCGUUCAUUCGUGAUUGCCCAAACCCGUGCUGGUUUGUG